AUGCCAGUAAACUGGAGACCGGAGAAGCGGUUCCAAACGUUCAUCAAAGAAAAUGGUUAUGUACGCCAAAUGGAGCGGAAACGCUGCUAUCAAGGCAGAAUCUUCAACGACAAAGGCUGGCUUACGGAGCAGAUCAACAAAGAUGAUCCGCGCGAAUUACACGAUGUCGAAGGAACUUUGGAAGUCCAAAGGCAGCUCUUGUCUAAGCUAGCAGUGCACGAGAAUCAGGCGAUAGCAGAGCCUGGAAGCGACAUGUACCACAGACGUCUUGAGGCCUUGAAGGCAGACACAGUCCAAGCAGUGCAAAAGACGUGGAACCAGAGUAGCAAAUCUACCACGUACCAACGGUCGAUCUAUAUUUAG